CCUCCCUUGUUCAUUCCUUCGUCUGCGGUUGAGCUACGUUCUUUAUUUCGGUGUGUGGACGAGAGAGCCCAGCCGCCCCAGGCGCCGAACGCUCUGGACCGCGAGAUCGCCUUUUCACAUGGAAAUAAGCCUCUACCUCGCACUAGCACGAGGGCCUCUGAAGUGUGUAGUCCUCUGUCAUGCUGAUGCUCCAUAAACGAAGCAGAGACAGAAACGGAAAAAGGAAGCAGGGACUGAAAAAGUCUGAGCAACCAAGGAUAGGCUUGCACAGACACCAUGGAACACUAUUGAAAUCAAUCUUCAAACGGAAUCGAUCGGAAAUUUGACCAUUCAUGUAACUGAUGUAAGCUACUCUGCGAGGAAAAUCCGGGGAAAAGAACAUCAAAAUAGUAACCAUGUGCUUUAGCACCAUUAGGUUAAACAGAUAACCAAUUUGUUCCGUAGUAGUCGCUCUGAAAGUUUUGGUGGAUUAUAAAAAAUCCUACCGAUCUUUUUUGGAGAAGCAAUCAACUUUCUGUGCGAUUUUUUUAUUUUUAUUUUUUGGAAUUUUUAUUAUUAUAAUUAUUUUUACAAAAUGUUCCAUGCGGUUCUUCUCUGCACGCUGCUCUGUGCAUCCUCUGUGCGCGCGACGUGCCCGUCUCUCUGCGAGUGCUCAGAAGCCGCGCAGACUGUGAAAUGCGUUUCCAAGGAUCUGCGAGAAAUCCCGUCCGGCAUCCCGGGGUACACCAGGAACCUGUUUAUCCUCGGGAACCACAUCACUCGAAUUGGACCCGAGUCGUUCAAAGGACUCGAGAACGUAACCAAUCUGUCCCUUAGCAACAACAGGAUAGCUGAGGUGGAGUCGCAGGCUUUUGGGGGGUUGCGCAGCCUGCGUUCUCUGGACCUGAGUGGGAACCAGCUGACCCUGAUCCACCCGGAGGCGCUGGCCGUCCCCUCUGGCCCCCUGCGGGACCUCAACCUGAGCCGCGCCCUCUACAACCACUCCGCCCUGGUGGACCUGGCCACCGCGCUGCGCUGGGGCAUGCUGGGAAGCCUGCAGCAGCUGGACCUCUCCGCCAACCGCCUGGUCCUUCUGCCACCCGCCAUGUUCGCCCACCUGCCCGCCCUGCGGCGCCUCCUGCUGGCCAACAACUCCCUGGUGGCGCUGCACAACGGCACCUUCCUGGGCCUGGAGCUGCUGGACGAGCUGGACCUGACGCAGAACGCCUUCCGAACGCUGCGGAGGGGGGCUCUGCGGGAGCUGGACGGGCUGGGGGGGGCGCGGCUGCUCCUGGGGGGAAACCCCUUCACCUGCACGUGCGGGCUGGAGGACUUCAUCGCCUGGCUGAACGGCACGGGGGGGCGCGUCGCCGACGGCGACCAGCUGGCCUGCGCCUUCCCGCCGGACCUGCACAACACGUCCCUGCGCGGGCUUGGGGGGCGGGCCCUGGGUUGCCACGGUGACACGGCGGGCGAGGGGGCGGACCUGGCGCUGCAGACCUCCUACGUCUUCCUGGGGGUGGUGCUGGGGUUUGUGGGCGUGGUCUUCCUCUUCGUGCUCUACCUCAACCGCAAGGGCAUCAAGCGGUGGGUGACGGACGUGCGGGAGGCCUGCCGGGACAUCCUGGAGGGGUACCACUACCGCUACGAGAUGGACUCGGACCCCCGUCUGGGACAGCUGUCCACCUCGGCCGAUCUGUGACACUCCCUCACCCUCUUCUUCACCUGCCAUCCAGACAUUUUUGUUUAAGCAAAAACAAAGACACACUGAACAGAUUUCUAUUUGCAAAGGACUAACUAGUUUGUAACAAUUUAUACAGAAGUAAUGUGUAGCUAACUGUACAUAUUUGCACAAUUAUAUCAGCCCAUAAUGCAUGCAACUCUUUUGUGUCUGAAUGUGUGUGUGUGUGUGUGAGAGAGUGUGUUAGAGCAUGUGUGUGUGUGAGAGUGUAUGUAAGAGUGUGUGUGUGUGUGUGUGUGUGUGUGUGAGAGAGAGAGAGAGAAGGAGAGUGAGAGUGUGUAAGAUUGUGUGAGCUCCUCUCCUCUCCAUAAGCUGGAAGGACUGUAGGCCCACCAUGCCUCUCUCCGAUUGGCUGUACCAUUAGUGCCUUGGACUCCAGCCCCUCCCACAGCACAGGACUCCACCCACCUCAGGGCUCUACACUGCUCCCAUUUUAGGAGCGUUUGCUCCCUAAAAUUGAUGUGCGCUAACUGGAAAAAUAAUUUAGGAGCACAUCGACUAAUUGGGAUGCAUUAGUGUGCUCCUAAAUUUUUCGACUUGAAAGCACAUGCGCUCCUUGGAAAAAUAUGUCAUUCUCAGUGUGACGAGGACAGCGAGGAGCCUGAGGUUGGAUGAUAUAUUACAGCAUUAAUUAUCGAGUGCAGUAAUGGUCAUAGCCACUGUGGGUGCAUUACCUUUUUAAAAUCUUUUUCUCUUUCAUUAUAUCUGAAGCAGUUAGUAAAAACUGACUUAUAAAGAGGCUGCUUGAAUUGUGUCUGGAGAAUAAAAAUGUAAUCACUGUUAUCUAUUGGAUGUUGAUAAGACAGCCAAUCAGCACCAAGGUCACGCAGCUUCCAUGUGAUCAUGUGAUGUGUUAUUGUCAGUCACAUGGAGCUGCGAGGCCUUGCUGCUGAUUGGCUGUCUUAUGGUCACUUAAUAAAUAACAAUGGUGACGUUUUUUCUGGAAGCAUUUGGCCUCUGAAGUGUGAUUUGCUACCGCUUCAGGUAUAACUAAAGAGAAAAAGACAAAAGGAAAGGCAGUACGCCACACGGUGGCUAUGACCGAAAUAUCGCUACCAUCCCUACCUCCAACCAGAGGGACCACAGCAUGGGGUACAGCCCGUGGGGGAGGGGGAAUUUGCGGGAGGUUUGGCUGGCUCAGUGAAUGUAUAAAUUGGUCCAAUAUGAAAAGUCCUGAAUGUUUCACAGGGUAAAGAAUGAUGUGCUCAGUAGUGCACGUAGUCUCUGUGCCGAUGUACAGCAUCUGUGGCAAACCUGCCUUAUUUCCAUGUGUUACUGUCCCUGCCACACGCAAGCACACACAAACACACGCACGCGUGCACACACACACGCACGCAGGCACACACACGCAGACACACAGACGCACACACGCACCUAUGCAGACACGCACGCACGCGUGCACAGACGCACACACGCACCUAUGCACACACGCAUGUACACACACACACACACACGUGCGCACGCACACACACGCAGGCGCACAGACGCACACACACACACGUGCACGCACGCACACACACACCUAUGCACAUGCACACACACGUGCAGUGGGACUGGAAGGCUGCGGUUCUAAUGAUGGAAUGAAUGAUCACAUGACUGCUUCAUUUCUUAUUUGCAGUUAAUGUUGUUUAAAUGACAUUUUGAGACUCCCUGUACUGAGCUCAGUGAAGGUGUAUUACAGACUCAGCCUCCGUACAGCUGAGGACUUAUUCUCCUUUUGUACAAAGGUUUCUGGGCGAGGAGAUGGGUGGGACUCCAUUCUUUGCUUAAUUAACCUCGGUUUCUAUGGUAACAUAGGAAUGUGUAAUUGGAAGAUUAUGGAAUGUGUAAAGUUAUUCCUUCCAAAUAUGGCCAUACCAAAUGUGUCAAACAAUAAAUACCUAUUAAUACAGUAAUAAGAGUAGGAGUGUACUGGUCAAACAUCCCAGAAAACCAGCUCUCUGCAUCCGGCCAUCUAAUCAUUACCUUCUUCUGACUGGCUGCACAGUCACCAGCCUUACAUCUGAUUGGCUACAGUCCCCUGCAUUCCCCGCCCACUUUGAUUCCUCAGGUCAUGACCUGGAAAUGAGUCCUCGUUUUGUCUACCUGACAAAGGAAAAACAAAUAAAACUUAAAUAAAACUAAAAAUAGCAUUCAGAACCUACAUAGCAUUCAGACCCCACAGAAGCACAGUGGUGUGAUGUCAUUGGCCCGGCCACACCCACAUCGCCCCUGAGUUGCCAGUCAUUCCCAGGGGCGGGGCUGUGUUCAUGCUGGUUGGUUAGACUGUGAUGCUGGAAUUGGUGCACAGGCAGGUACUCUGUCCUGAUUGACUCACAGGCAGGUACUCUGUCCUGAUUGGCUCACAGGCAGGUACUGUCCUGAUUGGCUCACAGGCAGGUAUUCUGUCCUGAUUGACUCACUGGCAGGUACUCUGUCCUGAUUGGCUCACAGGCAGGUACUCUGUCCUGAUUGGCUCACAGGCAGGUAUUCUGUCCUGAUUGGCUCACAGGCAGGUAUUCUGUCUAUACCAUUUUGUCAUGUUCUAAAGAUGCUGGACUGUUUGUGUUAUAGUGUUCUGCAUGUUUAGAAGAACAAAAAGAAUUAAAAUUUGAAAGUACUCAGUAAA